AUUGGAAUUAUACACAUGUGAGCCAAAUACAAUGACAAUAACGUAUCAAUUGGCGUUUUACAUAUUAUGGUUUUCAAUGAUGUUGCUGGUUGCUAAAUCAUUAAAAUGUAAAAAUGGUCGAUUAAAAUAUCCCGGAUCCAAGGAGUGUACUGAAAAGAAGGACUGCCCUUACAAUACAUUUAAAUGUAGAAAUAAGGAAUGUUGUCAACUUAAGGUAAGUUUUCCAUGUAAUCCGCUGAUGAAGGAUGAUGUUGAACCAUUACCUUGCGUUGGAAAGGACGCUUCGCCAUGUCCAGGUGGACACCAGUGUAUAGUUGAAAAGAAAUAUAGUAUUUGCUGCCCAGAAUCAAAUGUUACAUGCACGGGCAAGGAUGGAAAGACGUAUCAUCCCAGUAGUCCAAAGUGGCACAGUGACGAUGAAUGUAACUGGUGCUUCUGUGAUACAUCAGGAAGUAUAAAUUGUACUGAACAAGCAAGUACACUAUGUAGGAAAAAAUCAUGCAUCAACAAUUGUAGUGGAGAGACAGGCGUGGCUACGGAAUACUCCCCCUGUGGCUUGGAUGAACGAAAGUGCAGUAUACAAGCAAAAAUAAGUAGAUGCUUGGACAACAACAACAACAACAACAACAACAACAACAACAACAACAACAACAACAACAACAACAACAACAACAACAACAACAACAACACAAAAAACGAAUUCAGUACAUGUGUAGGAAAUGUAAUCGAUUUCAGACAGUGUAAUAUAAAUGCCUGCCCAACUUAUGGGAAACAAUGGGUGGACAAGAGAAUUAAAAGAAUAAUCGGUGGCACUAAAGUUAAACUAGAAAACAAAUGGCCAUGGUUUGCUGAUGUUAAUGGGUUUUGCGCUGGAUCUGUUAUUAGCCCUGUACAUAUUCUAACUGCGGCACAUUGCGUGGCGAAUAUUGAAGAACCAAUAGGCGCCGAUGGGAAGUACCUCAUCCGAGAAAAUAUCACAAUAGUUACAGGGAAAUAUCAUCGUUUAGAUGAUGAACCUUUAGAACAGAAAAGAACAGCAAAUAAAGUAUUCGUUUAUGAUGGAUUCAGACGGUUACAACAUAGGACUAUUCCAUUAAAGAAUGACAUUGCUAUCGUGAAGGUCGAUCCUCUUGAAUUUAACAAAGCCACCCAGCCUGUGGCUUUACCAAUCACAAAUACGUUUGACAGAGACACAUCCAAUGAUAAACUGUGUAUGAUAACCGGUUGGGGAGCUACUGAAAUGACCGAAGAAGAAUUAAAAGAUAUUCCUGAUUACAUGCUAGAAUAUUCUGAAUAUUUUACCGUAGGUAUAAAGUAUCCUAAAACGCUGCUUGAGGCGAAUGUGUCAAUUCUGAGCGAUUGUGGUAUAUACAGGCUCGAGGAUAUAGAGUAUAUAAAUGGAUUCUGUAUAGAUGGCGCCAAUGGAGCGAGUUGUAUAGGCGACUCGGGUGGACCUUUAAUGUGCAGUGACGAGGGAGGGAAGUGGACGCAAUAUGGCAUCAGUACCUUUGGAGCAGGCCAACCAAAGACACCAUAUUGUUCACGUCCAGACGUCUAUACGAACAUUGUCAAAUUCCUGGAGUGGAUUAAAGAAAAAGUAUCGACCAAUGGAAAAUGGGGGAAAUUCAGUCGAUGGACGGAAUGUGCGCCAUGUCCAUCGGGAUACAAGUCAAAGGUCAGAGUGUGUACGAAUCCUGAACCUAUAGGAAACGGUACAUGUCUGAUGCCAAAAGGACUUCUAUACAAGGACAAUGCGACGGGCUACAUAGCGGACAUUGUCACAAAGUCUUGCAAAUGUUAAUCGAUUACAAAAAGAUCUGAAUAUGUAAUGAGUGG